AUGUUGUCAGGGUGCUGGAGCAUGCUGCCAACCUAUUUGCUAUUCGCGAAUCUGUUGUUUGGGGCUGGCGUAUGGGCGAAGGAGGGCAGUAAAGUAGCGACGAAGAUUGGGAACAGCACAAUAGAAAGGACUGUGCAACUCAGAACACACUCAUUAUACCCUCCGUAUAUCGACCAGGAUCUCCAAAAUCGGUGGUGGGAUUUUGGCGCCGAUGCAUAUGUCAACACCAACAAGCACAUCCGAUUGACACAACACAAGCCCUCUCAAGUGGGAUGGCUGUGGUCGCGUCUUGCUCUAACUGCCACCAACUGGGUCAUCGAAGCUGAAUUCAAGAUCGGCGGCGAGACUUCUCAUCUGUACGGCGAUGGCAUGGCCAUGUGGAUCACGACAGAACGCGCGCAAACAGGGCCCAUCUUUGGCAACAAGGACUACUUCAACGGCCUCGUAAUCGCUUUGGACACAUACUCCAACGAAAAACACACCUACGGCUUCCCUCGAAUCCUCGGCGUGCGACUCGACGGUAAAACGAAAUACGACUAUCACAAUGAUGCCGACAAACAGGCACUCGGCGCUUGCUCUGCCAACUUCCGCAGGACCAAUGUCGCAACCAAGCUCAAGGUCACCUAUGUCAAGGACGAGUUCCUAGACGUUAAGAUCCAAUACAAAGCCUGGGACGAAUGGACUGACUGCUUCACGAUUCCAAAACUCUCCCUCCCUACCAACCCCUUCGUCGGCUUCUCAGCUAUGACCGGUGAUGUUUCUGAUGCUCACGACAUCAUCUCCGUAACAACCUACUCCGCAAUCCUGUCCCCUCCGGACACCCAACGCGACACCAUCAAAGCCAACAAAAAAUGGUCCCUCCCAGGCAAAAAGACCAACGACCCCUCGCGCAAAUCAGGCUCCUGGCUCGGCUUCUUCUUCAAGGUCUUCCUCUUCGGCGGCAUCGCCGCCGGCGCAUGGUACGCAUACAAGGAGUACCAGCGCCGACAGCGGUUCAGCGGCGGGUUUGGCGGGAUGGGUUCGGCUGGAUUCAAGAGCCCCUCGAGCGCACGCAGCUACGGACCGCCUAGCGCUGGGUUGAGUUCUGCCGGACCGUACACCCCUGCGGGUAGCGCGCUGCCGUUUGGGAACGCGUAUACGCCCACUACUGCUGGCUUUGGAGGACCCAGCUCGCCGUAUGGUGCUCCCCCCAAUUCCGCGUAUAGCGCUCCGCCCAGCGCUGGUCUGAGGGCUACCAGUCCCGGUCUUCGACCCAAGAGCCCUGGGUACGGGUACGCCGAGAGCAAGAAGUACUGA